AUGCCCGGAGGAGAAGACAAAUACCAUUGGGCUACCUUCAUUGGCCCCAAAAAAGAAGGAGCUGGCGCUCAAGGCAAGCGAUUUCAUGCGACGGAGUCGAUGGCCGUUGUCAAUGGCCAGGUCCGGCCAGUCUGGCAAUUUGAAGAACGGGAUAUCAGGAUGGAGCCAACCAAUAUGAUUCUAGUCCGAGUUGUCGUGGGCAAGAUCAAGAAAAGGGCGCAAGUCAAGGCCAUCCUGAGAAGCAUCCCCGUAAGAGGACAAACUCCAGGGUGGAACUGCGUGCACUGGGCAAAGGACGCAUCGGAGUCACUGCUGCAACACCAGGAAUCGGGUCGGCGCAUACUCGAGAACCAUAGGCUCGAUUGGGACACGGUUCGCUACUGGGCAUUAUGGUAUGUUCAGUAUAAGGAAGCUGAACACCGUUUCGACGGCCAAGCCACACCGGGUACAUUCGACAUGGGCAAGGUUCCUACGUACAACUUACUCAAAGAAUCUGAACAGACCCCUUAG